CGGCGGCGGCGGGCGGGCGGGAGCCGUUGGGCCCCUUCGCGGCAGCAGCGGGAGGAGGAGGGGGAAGGAUGAAGCGCACGGCGCCCCGCUCGACUUUGCGGAAAAUCAUCAAGAAGCACAAGCCUCAGUUACGCCUGGCGGCUAACACCGACCUGCUGGUACACUUGAGCUUCUUACUGUUUCUUCAUCGGCUAGCAGAAGAAGCCAGGACAAAGGCUUUUGAGAACAAAAGUAAAAUAAUUAAACCUGAGCACACUAUAGCUGCAGCAAAGGUUAUUUUAAAGAAAAGCAGAGGCUAGAAAACAGACCACUGGAAUUUCAAAGCAUGUUUUUCUGUGUUUUCUUACUAACGUGAGAUCCUGCGAGCCAGCUUUUGCACGCGUGGAAGUAUUUAUUGAUGUCUAUCUCAUGACUAUUUUGCUGUUUCUUUAAAAAAACUAAUUCAAAAAUCUUACAAUGUAUAUUUUCAUACACUUCAUGCAUACUAUUAAAAUGUGUGUCACUUGCCUUGAAGACUUCCAGCGUACCUUAUUUCUUCCAUAAUAACAGAGGGAUGCCUAUACCAUAGUCACUUUUCACGUACAAUGUGACAUUUAUUAUUAGAAGUGUGAAACUUUUAAAGGAGAACAGCAAUAAAAAUGCAGGUUCCACUAAAUCCAUUAUAGAUCAAGUCGUUGAAAGUAGAUUUACUAGUUAAACAAAAUUUUGGCUUUCAAAACAAUCACUGUAGAAACUAGUGUAUUGAAUGCCUUGGCUUCGAUUUAUUUAUAAAUGUCUUAAUAUUUUCUAAAUAACUUUGAAAGAUAGGCUGAAACUUCUGUGUUCUGGGGAAAGAAUACAUACUUUGUAUUCUAAAUAGCACUCAACUGUUAAGCUGGUCUUUUGUUUGAUGUGGUAUAUGAGACAAGUUGGUGGUCUCUGAUGCAGUUGGUGUGGAGAGAUGCAUGUUAUGGAUAAUAAAAGAUCUGGCACAGCUGAUGUUUUUGAAGUUAGAUCCUGUACAAAUAGUGAAGAUCAGUUGGCAUGAGUGCCAAGCUACUUCCUCCUCCCUUUCGAUGAGUGUCAUCCUAACUUGUCAGAAGUCUGGAAAUGUUCAUUAUGUAAAAAUAUCUUCUUAAAUUAAGAUCAUAUCUGUUCCUAAUCUGAUAUUUUAAAACAGCUGCUGAAUGCUUUUCUUAAUAAAUCUUUUAAUAAAGAUACAGUUGAAACUCA